AUGUUUGAAUGUUCCCUGUUUUUCUCUUUUUACUUCAUUAUUAUAACCUUUUCCAUCUUUCUUUACCAUGUUUAUCUUUUACUUUUUCCUCUUGGUCCUCUUCUUUUUCUAUUCUUUUUCAUCAUCAACAGUAGCAUUUUAUGCUUCAUUAUUAUCUUCGUUUCGAAGUUAAAUAGUUUUUCUUUUAAUACUUUUAUCUUCACCAUUUUCCUUUUGGUCUAUUAUCAGUCCAUUAUCGUUUUCUCCUUCUUCGUCGUCUGUUUUUUCUUCUUUUUUCUUUUUCAAUAUCAACAAUUUCUUCUUUUUCUUUCCUUUCUCCUUCGUUGUUUGAUUUUUCUUUUUCUUUUCCAUUAUGAUCAAUUUCUUCUUUGUCUUCGUUUGCUCCUUCUUCGUUUUCUCCUUCUUCGUUUUCUCCUUCUUCGUCUGAUUUUUCUUUUCUUUUUUUUCUUUUUCAUUAUCAAAAAUUUCUUUUUUAUCUUUCCUUUCUCCUUCUUCGUCGUCUGA